CACAUGUGACAGUUCACAGGAAUCGUAAACAUUCCCAGCCGCAACAACGAAACGGCAAAAUCUCUCUCAUCCGCUGCAUUAGAAGGUGUGCGGUAGUGCUCUAAACCACGAUGUCUUAUGCGGACAAUGCGAUACGCAUUACGCGGUACAUUAAUCCACACUAUUUUUACUACAAACCGCUGACGGCGUACCUGCCAGGUCACGAGGAAACGCAAUUUGCGGUCGCUCUUAGCCAGCACUGUGAGGCGGCGUACGGGGAACUCUACAGGACAGUGAGGAAACCACAGGCGUGGGAAAUACAAAAGCCGGGCACACUGGUAGCACUGCGUAGCAUUCAGCUAGAACGAUGGAUACGCUGCCUUGUGGAAGAAACCGUCCAGGAUAUGGAUGAAAACACAUGGUACCAGCUGUGGGCCAUCGAUGAAGGCAUUGCAAUCAAAUCGGACCCAAAGUAUGUUCGAUCGCUUCCGGAAGCGUUUGCGAAGGAACCACCGCAUGCGAAAAGAGGUGCAAUCAUCAAUGUGCUGCCUAGCGACACACGGUUCGAUUACAUACAAAACGAGCUAAUCCAGGAACCAAGCACCCGCUGGUGCCCGGGCAUUGUGGCCACAAUGGAGGGGUGCUUAGAAGAGGCAGCCAGUGUCACAAUGGUAGAGAAGGCAAAGUUCGCGUUUAAAGGCGAAACGAUUCACUUUGGCGAACUGUACGUAACCUCGCAAUGCAAUACUUCAGGCAGUAUGGCAGAUCUACUGCGGGCCGCUUGCCCGAAACAGAUCAUUACGGCUCCUGAGGCUGGGUUCAUCAAAGCGUUCGUAAAGCUACAAACGCAUGCCAUGAAACGAUUUCUUAACAACGAAGGACUGUCUGAUAAGCAUAUCCUGAAUAACUUUGUGCAAAAGUUUUCGCGCAACAACUUAUCGCACGCGCACCACCAUGCGGAAAGGGCACUGGACAUGGACACUGAGCUAUCACAGAAGGUGCAAGAGUGGCUGAAACGAAACCAAGAAGCCUGCUUGGCCAUGUUACAGGAGCAAAAGAUGAAGGAAGAGCAACUGAAGGUGCCCGAAAUAACCAGCUUUACUGCGGAAGGUAUCAUGAGGUUUCCAGAGAAAAAUGGUUUAAACGGUCCCCGGUCAGUUGCUUCGAAAAAGCCGAAUGAAGUAAACUGUACUUCCUCGGGGGUUGUUAAUCCUGCUGCGGAAACGUGCGAUGAUACCGUGAGCCACGCUGCUUCACUGUCUAGUAGUAAGCCAUCCUCCGUAUUGCUUAACGUACAACGCCAUAAGGCUAGACUGUUACUGAAGAGUUCCACAGUUGCUCAAGAGUAAUGGAUGACUUCGGGAUCGUGAUCAUCUAAAAAAAAAACUACGAAUAUUUUCGAUUGUUUCGCACUUUUGACUGAAUUUAUCAAACCAACAAUCUAUUGAUUUCAAUUUUUUAUGAAACUUUAGACGUGAACUAUCAUAUACGCAAUUCUUAAGACAUGAAAUGUUAUCUACAAUACUUUCGUUAAGACAGAACAAUGAUUAUGAAUAAAGCAAGAAUUAUUGAAUGGAAAA